UGGCGAAGACUGGAAAAUGUCAGAAUUCUCCGAGCUUUCAAAAGCUAUGGUAGCCUCUUGAUUUCUUUUGCUAAUUUGCUUCAACUCAGAUUCAUACCCUUCUUACACCUACACCAAGUUAAUCGAUCGGGAGGAGUUGUUUUGAGAUGGUUCUUGACGAAUCCCUACUUCGCCUGCGCUUCGGCGAUGUCUGAAUCCAGGCUAGAAGAGAGCAACGAGAGGAGAGGCAGAGUUUUCCUGAAUUGCACCAGAAGAACAUUGCAGUGCGUAUUCACAAUACUCUGCCUUAAUAUCCAUUGUGAUUGUCGUCAUUUUAUUGUUCUUCAUUGAUUUACUUGGUAUGAGUCCUCCAUAAAAGCUUAAAGGAGGAAAAUGGAUAUCGUUAUUUCUGUUGUUGCAAAAGUUGGUGAGUGCAUGGUUAAACCCAUUGGACGUCAGAUGGGUUAUCUUAUUUUCUACCAAAGCUAUGUUACGGAUCUUGAAUACCAACUUAGUGUCCUAGAAAAUACCAGACGCAGGGUGCAGCAUAAGGUUGAUGAGGCAAGAAGAAAUGCUGAAGAUAUUUUAGUUGACGUUCAGGAAUGGCUAAUCAAGGUGGAUAAGGUCGACAAAGAAAUUAAGAUUUUCCUCUUAGAUGGCAACCAAUCAGGGAAUAAAUGCUGCAGUGGUUCAUGCUUCUUUUCUUUCCAGAGGUACCAGUUAAGUAAAAAAGCAAAGAUAGAGGCAGACAAUGUCAAAAAGAUGAAGGAAGAAGGAAAUUUUGACAAAGUAUCAAUUCCAGGAGCUCUACCAGGGGUGGGGAGUUCAGCUAUCAAGGGCUUCCUAACCUUUGGGUCAAGAAUAUCAGUUAUGAAUGAAAUCAUUGCGGCACUGAUAGAUUCUAAAGUCAGCAUGGUUGGAGUGUAUGGGAUGGGUGGUGUUGGCAAAACUAUGCUAGUCAAAGAAAUUUCAAGACAUGUUAGGGAGGUCAGAUUAUUUGACGAAGUGGUUAUGGUAACUAUAGGCCAGAUUCCGGAUAUUAGAAGUAUUCAGUCAAAAAUUGGCGACAUGCUAAGCUUGUCUUUUAAACAAGAAAGUGUUGAGGGAAGAGCAGCCUUAUUACAAAAGAGGUUGAAGAAGGAGAAUAAGAUUCUUGUAGUGUUAGAUGAUAUGUGGGAGGAACUUGAUUUAGAAACUGUCGGAAUUCCUUAUGGGGAAGACCGCGAAAGAUGUAAGAUACUCAUCACUUCAAGACAUCACCAUGUAUUAUACAAUAAAAUGUCUAUUCGUAAUACUUUUGAGGUAAAGUUUCUCAAUGAAGAAGAAUCAUGGAAUUUCUUCAAAAGCAAGGCAGGUGAAUCGCUUGAAAUUUCAGUCUUGAAGUCCGUAGCAUCUGAGGUAGCAAAGGAAUGUGUAGGGUUGCCAAUUGCACUUAGUACGGUUGCGAAGGCAUUGAGUGGAAAACCUUUGCCCAUUUGGAGGGAUGCCUUAAAACAGCUACAAAACCCUGCUGCAGUAAAUGAAGGGGUGGGCAAAGAAGCUCAUGCCUCAGUUGAACUAAGUUAUAAGUAUGUAGAAAGUGAAGAAGCCAAGUUACUAUUCCUACUUUGUAGUGUGUUUCAUGAAGAUUAUGACAUAAACAUGGAAAAAUUGCUCAUAUAUGCUUUUGGUCUGAGAUUGCUACAGCAUAUCAAUUCUUUGGCUGAUGCAAGAGACAGAAUGGUCAAAUUGGUUGAUGUUCUCAAAUCUAGUUGUUUACUUUUAGAUUCAGAUCGAGGGGACAAUUUUGUUAAGAUGCAUGAUGUCGUUCGCAAUGUUGCUAUUUCAAUUGCAUACAGAGAUGAUAGGAUGUGUACAAUGAGUUAUGGGCGAGGAUCUACUGAAUGGAGAAAGGAUGGUGCAUUCAGAAAAUGCAAUGCAGUCUUAAUAAAUACUGAAAACUUUCACAAUCUUCCUCAAAAGAUGAUGUUUCCAAAACUUGAGCUGUUGGUACUGGUUCAAGGUACUUCUUUCGAUCCAUGUAUUCAUAUGCCAGAAGACUUCUUGAUGGAAUUGGCAAAACUCAAAGUUUUAGAGUUGCACAAUAUGCAGAUUUCGCUGUCAUCAUUCCACUCCUUGGCAUACCUUCGAAUUUUACGUCUAUGGUUUUGUGAGUUGGGGAACAUGGACAUGAUUAAGGAGCUGAAGGAACUUGAAAUUCUUAGCUUAAGAGGAUGUUAUAUCAAAGAAUUACCUCCAGCUCUUGGCCAAUUGACACAACUCAAGUCAUUAGAUUUAAAAUAUUGCUACAAACUAGAGAUGAUUCCACCUAAUGUGCUUUCAAAAUUGACAAAAUUAGAAGAGUUGGAUAUGGAGGAGAGUUUUGUUGGAUGGGAUGGGGUGGGAUUGACCAGUAAAACAAAGAAUGCCAGCCUUUUGGAACUACAUUUUUUGACUUGCCUUACUACUUUAUGUUUAUGUGUUCCGGAUGCUAGCAUUAUGCCAAAACAAUUGUUUUUAGACAAACUGAAAUUGGAAAGAUUUCAAAUAGUCAUUGGUAGGGAGUGGCCAGAUUAUACGUUUAACACCUUCAAAGUGAUGUGUCUCAAGGUCGAUUCAGAAAUUCUUUUGAGUGAGGGGAUAAAAAGGUUACUCUGUGAAUCUGAAGAAUUACACUUAGAAGUACCAGUCACGAUUGGUAAUCAUAUUUUAUUUGAAUUGGAUAAAAAAGAUGUACCACCUUUGAAGCAUCUUGUUUUUCAUCACUUUGAUGAACAAUAUUUAGUGAGUGAAGCUUCACUUAAAGGAUUCACUAAUUUGGAGUUGUUAGCUCUUAAUAGAAUGAAGAGCCUACAGAGUAUAAUUAAUGAGCGUCUCAGAGUUGUUCCUUUUAACAAAUUGAAAAUCAUAAAAGUGGAGGAUUGUAAAAUACUGAGGAAUCUCUUUUAUUCAUCCAUUAUGAGUGGCCUUUCAAAUCUUCAACAGAUCCAUGUUUCUAACUGUGAAAUGAUUGAGACGAUUGUUGCUAUGGAAAAUGAGGCCACGAGCCAGUUUGAGUGUAGUAAAUUAAGCUCCUUAUCCUUAACUGGAUUACCUCAGCUUACAAGUUUCUGCUUGAAAGUGGAUCGGCUCAGACAAAAAAUCCAGGAUGAUGUACAACAACAUUCAGAAAUUGCCCAGGAAUACGAACUGAGCGAUUGCAUCCCAUUUUUUAAUGAGCAGGUUACAUUUCCGAGUUUGAAAACGUUAGUACUUAAAGGCUUGCACAAAUUGAAGACCAUAUGGCCUAAUAGACCGACAAUGGAGUCGUUUAGCAAACUCAAAAGGAUAGAACUUACUAGUUGUCAAAGUCUUAGAAUUGUAUUCCCUUCAAAUACAAUAAGGAGUCUUAAGAGUCUCGAAAAGUUGGAGAUACGGAGCUGUGAAUUAAUUGAAGAGAUAUUUCAAUGGUCCGAUGCCAAUGAAGAAGGUGAAAUAUUUUCCAGCCAGUUGAGACACUUGGAUUUACAUGAACUGCCAAGAUUGAAGAAUGUUUGGAACAGAGUUCCUCAAGAACUGGUUACCUUUCAAAGCAUAGCUAGUGUCACUGUCGAAGGUUGUCCUGAACUGAAAAGUCUUUUCCCAGCUUCCUUUACCACCAAUCUUCAAUUACUAGAAAGCUUAGUCCUCGAGCGCUGUGGAUUGGAAGAAAUCUUCGUGAAGGAAGAAAGAUUUGAGACAACCAAAACACAGUUUGUUUUCUCUAAGGUUUCGUUUUUGACUUUAGACUGCACAUUGGUAAUGAGAGACUUAUGGCAUGGUCAGUCCCUCAGAGUGUUGUUUCCCAAGCUUAAAGCUCUGGCAUUGUUGGGUUCGGAUGUGUAUAAAUGGUCAAUCUCAAUGACUAAUUUACCAUUCGGGUUCGUUGAAUUAUUGUUCAUUGUUGAUGAACUCCAUGUGAUAGAUUCCUUCCUGGUUGAACUCUUUCCAAGUGAAGGAUUUUUUACUGCUGAGGAACGUCGAGUUGGGAUAUCUGUACCUUUGAGGAGGUUAAGUCUCCUUAGACUUCCUAAAAUUGUAAAUUUAUGGAAGACAAAAUUGGAAGUAACCCCAUCAUUUCACAACUUAGAAGUUCUCGAGGUAGAGGAUUGCAGUCGAUUAAAUUCUUUAUUUCAGUCGUUGUCCUCUCUCCACAACUUGAGGUGUAUUAGAAUAGUUGCGUGUCAUGGAUUGGUUCACUUGAUGGAUUCAUCAGUAGCUAAAGUCCUGGUGCAGCUGCAAGAGCUACAUUUAUCUGCAUGCAAAAAGAUGAGCACUAUAAUUGCAAAAGGAGAAGAAGAGGAUGAAAUUGUUUUCAGCCAAUUGAAAAUCUUGGAACUCUUUGACUUGCCUAAUUUAUCAACCUUUCAUUCUGGGAAAAGCACUAUUAAGUUCCCAUGUCUGAAAAAAGUGGUUAUGAAGAAAUGUCCAGAAAUGAAAGCAUUUUCUUGUGGAGUUGUAACUACGCCUGAACACUGCUGGUAUGCCAAAUGGGGAUCAGAUGAGGGGUUCUGGACAAGCAAUGUUAAUGCCACAAUCAACCAGCUUUGGGAUAAUGACCUUGACACCAGCCUGCAGAGUUUCUUCGUGGAAGAGGUUGAAUUGGACUUUGAGGAGCAGAUUCAAGAGGAAUAAUUAACGACUCCGACUUAGGCUAACCAAAUAAGUGGCUUUACUGUUAGUUUGGUUGGAUGAUUUGUAUGGUUGGAUGAUUUGUAUGCUGUAUGAAUGAUGCGUGCGCUGUGGCCCUUGCACGUGUCAUGUUUUAGGAUUGUUUGACGUGUUAUAUAAUAUGGCGAUUCAUGUUAUGACAUAAGUUAUGCUAUGAUACAUGUUAUGCUAUGUUAUAAGUUAUACUAUGAUAUGCUUUUUCUA